ACUGGGUAUAAAAGCAGGAUUCAGCGGCAAUACUAACUCGAAAACCUCAUAUUCAAAGAGCCCCACGUAAAGUUAAAAAGAAAUGACUGCGCUUCGGAAAGAGUAUGACUUCGUUAUAGUCGGUGGAGGGACGGCAGGUCUUGUAGUUGCUUCUCGACUCACUGAAGACUCAAGCAUAUCAGUCCUGGUAUUAGAAGCUGGUGAAAAUACCACCCAAGAUCCCAGAAUUGCAGUUCCUGGUAUGUGGCCGGCUGUCUUAGGAACAGACCUUGACUGGGACUUUCUAACCGUACCACAGGAAAACUUGAACGGCAGGCAGGUUGGACAUCCGCAAGGUCGUGGGCUCGGAGGAUCAUCGGCAUUGAAUGCUGAAGUGUUUGUGCCACCGUCGGCUGCAGGUUUUGAUGCCUGGGAGUCAUUCGGAAAUCCCAGAUGGAACUGGAAAGGGUUGGAACCGUAUUUCCGCAAGUCUCAUACCAUCGUGAAGCCCAACGAAGGCGUUGUCAAGAAGUUGGAUAUCGCAUGGGUUGAUAGCCCGGAGAAUGGAACCAACGGCCCUAUACAAGUUAGCUUUCCUAGAGUGGUUGAUGACCCCCUUCCUGGGGCGUGGGUUGAGACCAUGAAAGGUCUAGGUUAUGGUCUUACGGGUAACCCAUUCAGUGGCAAAGCUAUGGGUGGAUGGAAUAUCCCCUGGUCAAUCGAUCCCGAAUCCGGGACAAGAAGCUACGCAGCCAGCGCAUACUAUGGGCCAGCUAGCUCUAGAAGCAAUCUGGAGGUCCUCAUAGGCGCCACGGUCAGCCGGGUGUGGCUUGAAGAUAGCUCUGGUGGAAGCGGCAUUACUGCGCGUGGCGUUUCCUUCAAGGCCAAGGAUGGUCAUGAGCAUCAAGUUAGUGCCAGUCGUGAAGUGAUUCUAGCAGCAGGCGUGUUCCAGUCUCCGAAGAUCCUCGAGCUAUCUGGAAUUGGUGAUAAAGCCCUAUUGGAAAAGCACGGUAUCAAAACCAGAAUCAAUAAUCCAAAUGUCGGGGAGAAUCUCCAAGAUCAUAUGCUAGUUGGUGUGAGCUUCGAGGCCGCAGAGGGCGUCAUGACGGGAGAUGAACUUGUGCGCCAGGAACCAUCGGUCAUUCAAGCAGUCGCACAGAUGUAUGAAGAGCAAAAGACCGGACCACUCGCUUCGGGAUCUGUUCUCUCCCUCGCAUAUAUGCCGAUAAUGUCUCAAUUGCUCGAAAACCUUGAGCCAAACCUUCAGAGCAGUCUUGACACGGCCAUCAAACGGUCAGCAGAGUUACCCAUGUCUGAACUUGAAAGGCAGCAAUUUGAUUUUCUGAAAUCUAACUUGCUGUCAUCAUCGGAACACGACUCCUCUGCCAUAAUGUUUCUGCUUCCUGUUCAAGUCAAUAUGAAUAAUGGACCAAAGCAAAAUGGAAUGAUGAGAGACCCUAAGCCGGGGAAUUUCAUUAGUCUUGGCAUUUCACCUCUACACCCGUUUUCGCGGGGCACGUCACAUAUUUCUUCGUCGAAUCCUCUAGCGCCGCCAUCCAUCGACCCUCGCUACCUCUCGCAUCCUCUCGAUAUCGAGGUAUAUGCACGACAUCUCAUGGGAGUCGAGAUCGUUGCCAAAUCUUCACCCCUAUCGAACUACCUGAAGCCAGGAAGUAGAAGAGCGCAACCUGGAGACGCUAGAGUGGAUACUCUAGAAAAGGCCAAGAAGUACAUCCGAGAAGGGGCAAUGACGUGCAAUCAUCCAGUUGGAACCUGUGCUAUGUUGCCCCGUGAGAAAGGCGGCGUUGUUGAUCCGCGACUCAAAGUAUACGGCGUCGAGGGGUUGCGUAUCGUCGAUGGUAGUAUUAUGCCAAUGGUUCCUAGGGCAAACACCCAGAGUUCGGUAUAUGCGAUCGCCGAAAAGGCUGUUGACUUGAUCAAAGAAGAUCACAAUCUGAAGUAA